AUGUUGAAAACGAAGAGCUUCUUGUUCUUACUCUGGUUCACGAAUACACUGAUGGGGGUGUAUCUUGGGGCAAGGACGGGGACAGGUGAGGACUCGUGAAUGAUACAGUAAAAAUUUUCAUUAUCCGGUGGCUUAGAUGUUCGAUUGAAAGAGGACGAAGAGGAUGAUUUCACUUGUUCCAAGGUUCUGAAAUUAUGUGAAAACUUUGUGUAGACGAUGAUUAAAUUUGCAUUAUAUAUAGCACAUGUUUUGCCGUCCUAAAAGUUUUUAAAAAUUCUUUUAGUUGUAUGUACGUUCUUCCAAUUACUGCUGUAUCUCUUUGUCGGGAAAAUAAUGUGGAUUCGUCACGCGUUGAAAUGUCCCAUCAUCGCUUUGCGAGGUCUACCCGUGGCUAGAGAUUUGGUGCACUACUGCGACGAGGCGAUACAUUUUACUGCGGCCGGUCCACAUUAUUUUCCCGACAGUCUGAUUGCAAAGUAAAGAUCUUUAGGACAAAAAGACACAAAGUUUACGAAAAUACCCAAUGCCAAAAAUUCUUUAGAUUUACCAAAUAUUCAUAAAGAUCGCUAAUGAUAUGAUAACAGUUAUAUUUCAGACAGAAAGCAAGAAUUCGAAUUACAUCCUGAAUACAUUGAUGCGCUGUUUCAUAGAGCUUCCACCUUCGCUUUAUUUGACGUAUGUUCUAAUCAUAACAAUUCAAUUCAAAACUAUUUUCAGUCCAAAGCAAAACGAUUGCUUGAAGACCUGACUAUUCGAGACAAAAAUAUCUACGACUCUUGCCGUAGGAGAGCAAAGAAUGUGAUUGAUAUGGCAAAGUGUGUAGAGAGACUGCUCGAUGAGAGGGAUAAAAAGGAAGAGGAAUUGGAGGCCACGACGGUGACACCAGAAGUCAAAGAUGAUUGCAGGGUUAAUGAAGACGAUAAUGAUGGGAAUUGGCUUCGAAGCGCGUUUUUGAGUGUUUACAGAAAGUUUGCAUGCCCAACAAAAGUGGAAGGCCAAGGUAAAUAAUCGUUUUGAAAUUUGGUCAUCAUUUUUGGGUCUCAAUUUUAAGAAGUACUCAAAUUUUUUGACAAAUCGAGAAAUAAGUUCCGCAUGAUUUCAUUUACCAUCAAAAUCCUCUCGAAAUCUCUCGCCGAACAUUUGAAGAUUAACGAUCAAACUUUUUAACAGCCUUUUCAAGCCCUUUUUUCACUUUUUUUCAACCUUAAUCUAGCGAUACUUCUUGUUUCAGAUUCACCAAAAAGAAGGUCAAACCGUCUGGAAAAGUUGCAAUCAACCACAAAAGGAGACAAAGGGAAGCCGAAUAAGAUUGUAGAACCGAGUCAUAAGUCAAGACUAGAAUCAUUGAAAAGGAAACAAAACCUUGAAAAAAUCAAAGCCAAGUUAGCGAGAAGGAAGAAACGAGAAGUCAGUGAGUCACUUUAGUUCGAGAUUGAUGCUUAAUUGACUUGACGAGGGAGGUCGUACUGUCCACAAUUAAGUCGAGGCAAAAGGGCCUGUUUUGUUUGCUUUGGAGUGUCCGGAAACUUUAGGGUUUACUGUGAUUACGGCAUCUUGGCCCUAGCUUUCGAAAAAAUAACCUUCAGUUUAGCCGCCAAAAAAUGAGCUAAACUGUCCGGCAAGCUAUCAAAGUCAAGCGAAGAUGCCUUUGGAAUUUUUUCCCUAUAAAAUAUAAACCGUUUAUAUCCCACCUCCGACGAGCUCACCUUCCAAAAGUCAACUAGGCACAAAAAUUUUUUUAGCAUACCGCAAAGUGUUCAACGUUUCCCGUCGAUGUGACACUCCAAGCAACGUAAAGAUCUUGCGAGAUGUCCGCGAUUACUUUGAACAGAUGAACCAUGUCAUCAGAUACACAUACGGCGCUGGAAAGGACAAUGAGCAGUAAGACACUACCGCUUUCUUCACAAUAGUCAAUACGAUUCUCCAGGUUUCUCCGUAAAAUGGAUGUCAAUGUCACGUUUGAAAAUCGAGCCCCAGAUGGUCAGAGUCCGUAUGAGCAACUGAGGAAGAGCCUGGAGGAGAUCGAAAGCUAUGAUGACAAGGGAGUUGUCUCCGUUUUGUCGCCAAAGCUCUUCAAUAUCCUGCCAGAAGGGCCUAUGGAUCCCGAGUCCAAGCGAUGGCUGUCUCCCAACAUGCUCAGCUUCCAGGACGAGGGAAUGAUACCCUUGCCGAAGUUGUUCAAGGUGAGUGUGGUCCUUUAUAAAGUGGAUAUCAUAUUUUGUUUAAAGACUUACAUCCGUAAAGAUCGUAAAUUUCGUUGUAUAUUCUUCUAACCCUUUAGCUGUAGUACUACGGAAAUAUUAUAAAAUGUAUAGACUCUACGCUGAAAAAAAGGAAAAAUCUUUGUCUUUCAGUGGAGUAAAUCGGAUGACUGUGAGACCCAACGGUGGAUUGAGCUUCUACUCGAUAUUACUGGCGGCAGCAGACUCCUCGGCGGGCAUGUUCGUCGGUUUGGCAAGCAUAUGCGAAUAGUCAAAAGAGAUCUCUACCCCAGGAUAAAAAGAUCCGAAGAAACGGAAAAUCAAAUGGCUGAGAUUCGAAACAUGACCACAGAAGAGCAACAACAACACAUGGAGAAAUUUGGCUAUGCUCCUAUGACCAGAGAGCAACUAGAAAUGGCCUAUGGAGAGAACGGUAGGACUGAAGAAGUGAAUUAUUGAUAACAAUUUUUAGGUGUGCGACCAAUGCAAGUGGACCUAGACAACCCUGCGAUUGAAAAUGACCGUAACUUGGAGCAUGCAAUUAGACAGUUGGCUCAAAUGACCCCUCAAGAGUUGAUGGAAAUGGCCGAAAAGGAAGGGAAGAUUCCACCCAGAACAACAGCUUUCCCUCAUCGAUUUAAAAGAGCAACAACGGCGGCACCAUUGAGGAGACCGUCAAUUUUUGAUUUCCGAUUCCUCAAUCCGUUUGCCUUUGUAUCGCGGAUUAAUAAUCCGAAUUUCCUGGGAAAUUAUAUCAUCUCGCCAUUCGCAUUCUACCUACAAGUAUUCUCGCCUUACAUGCUGGGGGUAAGUAUGAUUUUUGAAUUUGAAAAAGGUCUAAAAGUUGCGCAGCUUAUAACCUACCCAUUUCCAAUUUCAGGCCGAUAUCAUCUCUCCUCGGUUCAUGAUUGCCACCAUUUUCUCACCGGUGGUCUUGGUGUUCCGAGUCCUUGCUCCGACCGCUUUCCGUCUUAUGUUGUUCUCACCGCUUCUGUUAGUUGGCUGGGUAUUAGUCCCGGAGGCAUUUUUAGCCAAGAUCUUCGCUCCGAAAGUUCUGGAUGGCCGUGUUUUGUCACCAGAAUCUUUUUCGGCCAUCGUGCUGAGCCCUGGAGCCGGUGUUCUUCGUGUUGCAUCGCCAAAUGCAAUGAAUGUCCUUGUGUUAUCUCCCUCUUUCUUCACUUAUGGUCUGUUCUCCGGUAAUCAAUAUGUUUUCCAAGUUUUGUCGCCUGGUAUUGUCGGUAUUGACUCACAUCCCAUUUUGAAGCCAAAUCCGUUCUAG